CAUCCUUGCGCACGCAGUCUUUCGAAACGAUAUUUUUAGAGAAGUGAGUCGCUGGCCGCAAGUAGCGACGGUAGUCAAGUGUCGUCGUUGACCCCAACAAAAUCGAGUUCUGUGAAGACUAGAGGAUUCGGAUGACCGCCAACAUCCGACUAUUUAGUUGCUUGCAGGAAGACAGGGCCACCGAACCACGGGAAUCCUCGCGGAUAAAUUAACUAUUUAAGUAGAAUAAGUGCAGAAUGGGUGCGACUGGCAGUAGUAACAGUGCACCGCCUCCGCCUCCGCCAUUGAGAUCGCAGAGCGAAGAAACAUUUAUCUACGGGACAGAGGAAUCCUGCUGUCCGGAGUACACGAACGAAAAUAUACGACAAAGGACGAGGACCAGCGGGUUCGACGUGGGUGAAGAACCUCGAUCGCAGGGCCCCAGCCCUUAUGCGACUUUCAGAGGUGAAGAAUGGUGGAGUCAAAGACCAUCGGCGCCCAGUUUGUCGAACUUAACGCCUGGUCGACGCGAGACCCUGUUGACGUACGCGCAGAUGACAGGUUGGCAGACGGCCGAGCGUCACGGCCCUUCGUUCUCGCAGCACCACCAGGAAGCCAUGGAGUUUUCAAGAGCGAUCUCGCAACUCGCGAUGGCGAAUCAGCAGCUGGCGUCCGCACACACGGCCACGCUGGCCCAUUUAGAAGAAUUGUACAAAGAGCUGCGAAACGAACGGGAACACAAGAGACGAGGAGGGGCCUCUUUGGACGAAACAUCGCGAAGAAGAGUGACGAUGGAGCGGGUAAACGACGACGAAGAGAGACGCAGGCUGGAGCUGAGGAUCGACAGGCUGGAGAACCUGGUUACGGAGAAUUUGGACGGUUCUCAACGCCGGCAAAGGAACCCACGGCAAGAGGAGGAUAAGAAGCUCCGGUCUAGGGUAGACAGGCUCGAGCGGAAGAGUCCGGGUCUCGAAGACGGUCGACAAGAACGCGCUAUGGAUCAGCGGACGAAUAGCAUCGAUGCCGUCCACGACAGGGUCCCGAGCAUCGAUUUACCUGAACGCGAUUUCAAAUGUCAGCACGCGGUAGACGCGAUAGGAGACGAGUAUCGAACCAGUUCUAUUCAUAGAACACGUAGCGAUGAAAGGACGCCCGACGAAACUGAUCGCUCGAUGGUGAAUUUGCAUUUAGAGAAGCGCGAAAGUGGGGAGAGCAGGGUGAAUGAUGAAGAAGAACAGGCCGAGAGCUCGGAGGUAAACAAACUGUCGGAGGAAAUCGUGAGAUUAAAGGCUGAACGAUUGGAGUAUCAUUACACGAACGAGAGACUCCAGGGUGAGCUGGACGAGCAGAGGGCGACCGUAAAGAAGUUGACGGAAGACUAUGAGACCUCAAAGUCAAAUUACGAGGAGAUGGAAUCAAGCUUAAGGGAUCGUCGAGAAGAAUACGGCGCGCUCAUGGCGAAAUUCGACGUCGCGAUGAACGAGACUAAAAGAUUGUUGGAGAAGAUUGAUGCGUUCAAUGCUGAAAAAGACACUGCCGAAGCUAGGAUCUCUGGUCUGGAGCAAGAGCUGCAUAAGUCGUUGAUGGAGAAGGAGCAGAUCAAAAGCAUCGAGAGUCAGAAGACUUUGAAAUUAAAAGCGCAAUUGUCCGAGGAGGUCGCGGACAAGAAGAAACAGAUAAAAGCUCUGGAGGACGCUUUGGACGAGAUUCAAAGACUGAAGGAGACUAUCAAGACUGAGAAGAAGGAUAACGACGACGAGGCAUCGAAGGGAGAUAUUGACCCGAUCGACUCGAUAGACACUUCCCAGGAGGGUCCACCGAACGAUCGCACGACAAAUAUCGAAGAAUUCAAGAAAGAGUUGACACUGAAGAGAGAAGCGAGGCAGAGAGCGAUCGCAGCUGUUUCGUCCGAAAUGGAACGGCUAAGACGCGAAUUGGACGCGGAGAAGGAGGCUCAUUCGGAGACAUCCAGAGUUUUAGAUCUGCUGAGGUCCGCUCAGAAUGAUUCUCAGUCUCAGGCUCAAGCCAGCAAAGACGAUGGAAGGAGAUCCAGGUUCAGAGAUCCAAAACCGGAUGAACAGGAAUUAGCUAUGAAACGUGUUGAAGCUCAACGAAUAACACACGUAUUGAAGGUCUCCGAUGAGCUGAGGAACGACGUUCGCUUCCAGAUCGAGAAAGUGGACGACUUGCGUUAUCACUUGGAAACCGAGCCCGAUCAGCAUCGCUACCGUAUCCGUUGCUUGGCGGACAUAACCAAUAAUACGCGAGAAGCUCUUCACGCUAGAGAAUGUCGUGCCAACGAGCUGAAGGACUAUCUCGCGCAGAUUCUGGUCCGAUUAGGGGACAGAAGUUUCUUAGAGCUGAAAGACGACGUUGGCUUCGAAUGCGAACGUCAGCUGGAGAACAUCAAUAGCUUGAAAAGCCUCUACAACGAGAGACUGAAGGUGCUGACCGAAUUGAAAGACGCGGCGAUCAGGGAACUCGGCGACGUGAAAGAUAGAUUGAAUCAUUCGUUGAAGAAGUUCGAAUGCCUGGAAGAGGACCUGAGGAAAGCUGACGAGAAGAUCGACGCUCAGGACACCGAGAUAUCGAAUUUGGAGUCACAGCUGGGGCUCACGAAGGCCGACUGCAGGGAUCUACAGAAUCAGAUGUCACUGAUCAAUGGAUUGUUCACGCAGAUACUUCUGGGUGCUUCCUCUGCCGACAUGGAUCUCGAUCGAUUGACUCAGUUACUUCAGGAGAAUCAUGAUCUAAUAAGUGACAUAGCGAGGGAGGAAAGCACCGAAGCCGCAGCGCUCCCGAAGCUGCUUUUGGAUCUAGUGGAGCAAGUCGAGGGCAGCAAAGGGUCCCAAAAACGCGUCGACGGGGAAAAUGGAGUCGAGAGCGAGGCCGAGAAGAAAGACGAAGAUCUGCAACAGGAAGAAAUCGCUCACAAUCUGCCCAAGGUCUGGCGCGUUUUGUUGGAAUUACUCAGCUGCCACACAGAGGGAGCCCAAACUUCGUCGACGGCAACAUCUUCGGACCCUAACAGUUGUUACAAGUCCGUGGACACUCCGGCUGGACCGAGAUUAGUGAUAUCAGUCAGCAAAACGUAUAUUCGUCUGAAGGAAUUGAUCUUGGAGAAGAAACAUUUGGAGAAGGAAAUGAAUAGGAUGAAGCAACUGAAUUCGCACUUGGAAAGCAAGCUUGGGGAACAGGAGAAGAGAUUAUCGGCUGUGUCGGCGGAACUCAGCAAAACCUGGACCAUCGUUGAUCGAAUGCAGGCUCAGCACCAACAGCUACACACGCACGAGAGGAUUCUACGGUACGAGUUGCAACAGAAACGUAAGAUGCUGCAAGAAUUGAAGCAAGAGUUGGAGUACUGUCGGGAGAAAUGGGAAUCCGCCAGACAGAAGAACACUAACACGGAAUUGGAAUGGAGAAGCCUACGGCGAGAGUUCGCUGCAAGGAAAGCAUUAGCUGUUCAUGAUUCGUUCAACAACAGCGCCGAGAGUGGAUUUAGCGACGAACGAGGCGACGACACAGACGAAGAAGAGGAUAACUCGGUCGAGGAAAGAAUUAGGCUAGGUCCACGCAGAAGACCGCGAAAGGAAGGUCCUCGUGCACCGUCGCCAGAUACAGAAUCGGAGCAACCAACCGAUACCGAACUCUCUGAACCAAAGACAAGUUCUUCGACAACCUUGGAACAACGAACUCCUAGUCCAGAAACGGAAGCUGAGCUGGACGAGGUUGAAGUAGCAGAGACAGUUUUGAAUACCGAAGUUGAAGAUGUGACGGAAGUAUCACAGCUGAUAUCGGAAAACUCUCAAGAGUCUCUGGACACCUUGGACCUAGCUCUAACGAACGUGAUCCAGAAUCUCAUAGAAAUCAAUGGAUCGAACGCAGCAUCGUCAAACUUCGAAAACUCGACCGGUGAAGCUACAGCCAAAGAAAUGGUUUUAAAAAAUGAGUCUGUAUUAAAUACUAUUACCGAAGAGCCAAACGCGGGAGCCUGUAGCGUAGAAACACAGAAUUCGGAGACGUUAAAAGCGACUAACGACAACUUGGACGAAUGUGUCGAAGUGGCCGUCUCCGAGCACGAAGAGCUGUUACCGGUUGUCGUCGACGAUUUCCAGAAGCCAGCGGAAGUGGACGGUGAGAAAGAAGAACUCCCAAGCUCGUCUGUGUCUCACGUCCCCACCGUAACUAGCCCAGCCAGCACGCAGCCUGUUUUCUCUAUUGGACCCUUCCCCCCGUCUACCGCAACACCUUCGAUCGUGAAAAUUGUCCAGUUCAGCGAGCCUCUGAUCGUUGGUCCGUCUAAUCCGUUUUCUGCUCCAGUGUUUGGUGUGCCGAUGUCGGACACAGACGAUCAUUUCGACGGCGUAUCGUUUUCCUCCUCGCUCGACUCGUCCGCAUUGGUCUCGCCAUUUUGUCAGGAGAGCGAGCCGAAAAGCCUCGAGAAACGCGGCACCAGGUCUAUGGAAAGCGUCAUCGACUCGGACAGCGUUUCCGUGGACUCGUCCUCGAGCUUGGAAACUGUCAAAGAGUUCCCUGCCGUGGAACCAGCGUCGUCGUCUUCUCCAGUCGAAGCGGAAAAGAAGGAAAACAUGGAGACACCGAAGAAAGAGGAAACUCCGAGGAAGUUGGAGACCAAGUCAGCUACGACGAAGACUAGAACGCCUGAAGAGGCUUUGGCAGCUAGGGAAGAUAGGCUGAAGAGACUAGAGGAGCAGGCCAAAUGGUUGAUGAACAAAAUGAAUGCCACCAGCAGAAGAGGGUCUGCGUUGAGCACCAGGCUGGAAGAAUUGCACGAGGCCUAUGGGGAACCUCCUGUACCGCCACCUAUGCCGGAUGUACUUCCCAGCCAGAGGUUGCGGACUAAUUUGGCGGAUCUACCUCGACAGGUGAGAUUACGUUAAUUCAUCACUGUUAUG